AUGUACAUCACUCUCUACUACCUCGUCACCCCGCUCCCUGACUCCCUUCGCUCGGUCAGGGACCACUUCCUCUCCCUUUGCCCCACCACGCUCACCGUUGACCUCCUCGAGGAGCACCUCCUUGCAGCUGAGAAGAGUAUAGUCGCUGUAGGAGCCUCUCGUGGUGACCCUCGUGCCCCUUUCUUUGAGGGGUGCUCCCCCGUCCCUCUUUUGCCCUCUGUUGCCUCUGCUGCUACUGUCGAUCUCAUUGGCACCGAGUCGGUCGGAGCUACAUCUGCUCCUAGUCGGAGGCACCGCAGCGGCAGGAGCAAGGGGGGCAAGGGUGCUGGAGGGGAUGGCGGGGGCGGCGGUGGUGGCGGUGGAGGCGGUGGAGGGGGUGGGGGUGGAGGUGGGGGUGGUGGCGGAAGUGGGGGCUUCGGUAGCGGUGGUGGAGGUGGAGGCGGCGGUGGCAGCGGCAGUGGGGGUGGAGGUGGCGGCGGCGGCGGCGGAGGCGGUGGGGGUGGUGGCGGCGGUGGUGCUGGUCGGGGUGGCGCUGUGCAGCGGGGAGGCUUUGGCGGUGGCCAGUGCCAGCAGCAGCAGCGCCCUCGUGAGACCCUGUCGCCCCAGCAGCUUCAUGAGUGGUACGCUAGGCGUGGGAGGUCUGGGGGUGCUGGUCCUUGCGCUUACGUUCUCCGCACCGGCGACCGCAAUGGAGAGACGUGCGGCGGCCCGCACGCCACGCUCCGCUGUUUCGGCCGCUUGACUGACGCCUGGCGUACACUGUUUUCUGACGCCACUGAGAUCCCUCGCUGGGGUGAUCUGCUUAAGUCGGGGGUUGCUAUCUUUGAUCUUGAUUAUGAUGCUAUCCUUGCUGCUAUGUAUGCUGUGUCUAUUCGUGCUGAGGGUGACUGUUACCUGUGUGUUCCGCCCGACCCGGGCAUUGAGGCUACUUCUCUAGGUGCUGGUGAGGCUGCUCUCUCAGGUACUGCUCGGCCGGUGGCAGUCUCUCUGGCUGACCCCUCUGGGGGUCCGGUCCUUACACACUCCUCCACGAUUCUGCCGUGUCCGGCGGUCCCGUCUGGCUCUUUGUCUGGCCUCCACCUCCCCUCGUUCUCCACGAACUUGGUAGCCGCGUCGGGUCAGGUGUUUGCUGCAGCAUCCCGGUCUGGUCUUGAGUCUGCCCCCUGCUCGUGUCGCCUCCUGUCUCACCACACUCUCCUCUGGCACCACCGCCUUGGUCACCCCUCCUUGCCUCGUCUCCGAGGCAUGGCCUCCCAUGUCCUUGUCACUGGUCUUCCCCGGUCUCUCCCUCCCCUCCCCUCGGGGCCUGCCCCUACCUGCGUUCCUUGCGUCGAGGGGCGGCAGCGCGCCGCUCCUCACUCCUCCGAGUUCCCUCCGACGGAGGCUCCCCUGCAGACUCUUCACAUGGACGUGUAG